CUUAUUCAAUUAGAUGAGGCAUUCGUCGACUUUUGGAGCGACGCGCUCCUCGAUCCUAUCGCCUCCGACUGGCCUAUCUUCGUUGUCUGCCAGUUGAAGCCUCUCAAAGAUGUCGAAGCAGGCGGUCGGCCGAUCAGUUGGCUGGUCCUCGAACAAGUUUUUACCCGCCCCGCCUCCUCUCCCAAGCUGCCAUCCCCCGUAGCUGCUGCGUCCAAUCGCACAUCGUCACCGAAGCCGUCU